CUUGAUGGCUUGGGUAGGGCCUUGGCUGGGUACCAAGUGGCUGUUGCUUUUGUGUGUAAAGAGACUACACUGCUGAUUAAUUCACAAUUUCUUUUGUCCCAAACAUAAUUUGCUUAGGUGGUCAACAAAGAAAGAAUUAUAUAGGAAAGAUGAAAGAAGAUUGGAAAGUAUGUUAAUAUUUAAGGAUAUCUGGCAACUGUGCUCAUGGAAAAUGGCUGGAGUACAGGGUAGGAUAUGGGAAGUGCCUUAUUAUUCAUACCAUUGGAUAAAAAGGAUGUCCUCUGGCAUCAUCAAGAAUCACAGAAUGGUUACUGGAAUGCAAAUACUGCAGGAUCUGACAGAUUCACUUCAGGUUCGUCUACAGAAUGCUCUCAGUGAGCCUCAGCUACACAUUAGAUGCGAAGAAGUGGGGAGAAUUCUGAAUGAAUCAACCAGUAAAGAUGCCAGCUUUGUAUUACGCACAGUUGUGGAGAGUGUGUUUGGAGUCAAUGGACAAAUGGGAUGGGGACUGAGGACAAUAACCCAUUCAGCCAUGAGUCGGGAAUUUGACCAAUUAAGACUGUUCUUAGGUCCUUCAGGCCCACUGCUGUCACUCACAUACCGUCUAGCCAACGAUCCCUUUCUCAUGUUCGAGUUCCCAGUGAUUUGGCUACCAGUCAAGUCAAGAGCAGAUAUUGAGGAAGGUACUCCAGGGAUGUUCUAUGUCAAUAAAGUGCAGAAUCCUGGACCUGGAAAGGCACCAACAAACAUUCUUUUGAAUGCCUUUGAAUUCUACAUCUUCCAUUUCACACACUUUUUAAUUAGUGGAGGCUCGCAGCGCUGGUCAUUAUCUUGGACUACUGCAGGUGAUGCACUUUAUCCUAGUUUACUGGAGGAUUAUUUGCAAACAUUCUUGCCAUGUGAUAGCUCCAUUCCCCCAGGUCCACCUAGUCCUCCUGUUUCCCCAAGAGGUGUUUUGUCACCAGUCUCUCCCAGGAGCAGUGGACCUGGAAAUGCCAACCUGUACCUGACCACUCUUGUAUCACCAAUUGCCUGCCGAACUGUUCGGACACCAGGACCCCAUGGAUACCCUAGCCAUGAGGGGAGUGGUGCACAUGCAUCAUCUCCACUACAUGCGGCACAUAAUCCUCAUCCUCAGUUAAAUAUUUGGACCAGUCAGGUUUUAGUGCAAGUCCUCUUUGAGAUGUGGGUGAAUCAGUGUCUUUCACCUUCAAGAUCUCCAGGGCGUUCACCACCUUCCUCCCCAUCAGCUCCUCAUAGCAAUCAAUCCACUGCUCUGCAUGUGUGCAGUGUCUUUUCAGAUCACACUCCUCUAGAGUAUCGGCCAAAUUGGCACACAAAUGGCUUUGAAGUAUUUGUUCCGUCAAGUGAUCAUGUUCGAGUAGUAAGAAUGCUGAUCAAACAUCUACACUUCUUUGCAAAUAGUGCCAAAUCAGCUCAGCCAUCUCCUCUGGAUGAUCUUCGCAAGAAUGUGUGGACAAUGUACCGGAAGAGUUUGUUCCAAUUCUUGCAUCACACGUUCAACCACUGGCCUUUAGAUUCUUCAUUUAGACUUGUACUAGAGACAUGGUUGUCAUACAUACAGCCCUGGAGAUAUACUGACUAUUCUCCAAUUAGUAGAAGCCCAACGCAAACAGCUGCUGACUUUGAUACCCAGCGAAUGGUUGAAGGAAAAUGGCAGGGAUUCAUUGCUGAAAAUCUUCUUUUUUAUACUUUGCUUUUCUACCAUCUUAUGUGCCGACUGUUCCGGUUAGAUCUCUCGGCACCAAAGAAUGCUCAUAUUCUCUUCAGAGUUACAAAGGUUUUCUCUCAAGCAAAUCUGGGAAGUUACAUUAGAGAAAUUGAAGAGGCUUUGGAAGACCCACACUUCAUGCACCGCUCCUUGCUUGGAACACCACACACCCUCAGCGCCCAUGGUGCAUUCUCAACUCUUCAAGGUGACCAGUUUCCUGCUCGUUCACUUGCCUCAGUGGCAAGAGCACACCUUUUGGAGAUGGAAGGAUCAAGCCAUUCAUACAACCCCAUGUUUAGUCCAGGCAAUUUAGCAGUGGUUGAUUCCCUGAUAAAAUACAUCCGAAGAGCCCAUAAUGCAGUGGUCAGUGAGCAGCAACAGAAUAUAAUAAAUGGCAGUGAUGGAACAGACAGUAAGAGCACAAGGGGUGGAUGGUGGUCAAAUAUCACCUGCCUUUUUGAAACAACUUCUCCAACAGAAGGAGAUACUACUGUAGAGGAUAUACGGAAAACAAUAAUGCAUUUGGAAACAGCACAGCGACAACUUUGUGGAAUUUUUAAUUUACUUUUACCUUUAGAGUUUGGCCAAAGUCUAAAUGGAAUUGGAACAGGAGUUUCAAGCAGUAACCUUGAUGGCUCAUACUUGAGUAACCAGUGUGGGGAUCUGAAUGGCCCCCAGCAAGUAAACACACCUAAUGGUCCUGUACUCACUAACUAUGGUCGGUAUCAAUUAAUGUCAGGAUUACAACGGCGAGACAUAAAGUAUGAAGGCGACCCAGAUUUGAAACCCAUAUGCACUUAUGAAGUACCACUCCUUGUGCGGUGGCUUUAUAGCAUAGCAUUACUAGUCAAUGCCAAAUAUGGAUCAGUUAUACAGAGAUUGUACUCGAGAAGAGAUUUGCUUGGAACAAUGAGCAAACUUUUGAUCAGUGCACCGGAAACAGUGUAUGAAUACCACAAAAACAAUGCUGGUUCUCCACAUACAAGGGUGACAAAACAUCUUCCUCCAAGAAUUAGCUUCAGAUUUCAGGCCAGUAAAUAUGUUUUAGGAUAUGAAUUAAUUGUUCUACUUAUGGUCCACACCUUUGGACUGUGGGGAUUUCUGCUGAAGAUGAUAGGGACACUUGGUCUCCUCAUCAUUGUACCUGCUUACGUCUCAUACCGGUACACAAUACAUUCUGAAGGUGUGCCUCAAGAAAGAGAACAGCAGCAGCAACAAAGGGAAGGUCCUUCAACUAUACCAGUGCCAGAAUUCAAAUAAUUUCAUUGUAUGGAAUCAUCUUCAUGUAACAUGACUUUAUGUGUGAGACAAGAUUUUUACAUUUUUGAAUAGAAUAAUACAGUAGAUUUAUUAUUAUUAAUAUUAUUAUUAUUAUUUUACUUUACUUAAGCUUAAAAGAAUAACUACUGCUAAAAGUUAAAAGUUAUGUACUUGUAAUAUGUUAGAAUGUACUUAUUGCACCUGAUAAGAAGAUUAAUUUAUUUCUGUUAUUUAUUUUUCACAGAAAGUCUUGUCAGGCUCUGACCAUACUAGGAUAAGUAGCCUUACAUAAGAAUUCUGCAGUAUGCCAAAUCAAAUGUCAAAGUUUUUUUUAGGUUUAUGUGUAAUAUCCCAUGAUAAGAUAAAAUGAGCCUGAAGUGAUCUCGAAUUUUGUAUGGAAACUGUACCAAAUAAAGAAUUUACUUAGAGAAGUUA